AUGGCGCGUCGUUCUCCCCUGUCCCUUAUCCUGGCCCUGGUGCUGGCUGCCGUGGCUGUGCGCUUCGUGGCCCCUGCCUUCGCACCUGGCCUUCAGCGGCGUGAUGUGCUGGCCGGCCUCUCCGCAGCCACGGUGGCGACGGUCGGUGCACAGUCAGCUUGGGCGGACGCCCAGGGAGAGCCAGUCACGUGCCUCGCACGCUAUGGCCCGCAGGUCCUGAAGCUGCAGGAAGCCGUGGACAAGGGCGACAUGGAGAUGGUCCUGAAAAAGGAGCCCAAGUUCAAGGCGCUCAACAGCUACUGGCGCAACCAGCCUGGAUACUUCGAGCAGAAGGUCGGGCUCUCUGAGAAGAUCAUGGAGGCUGCUGAUGCCGGCAAGAAGGACGAGGUGAAGAAGCUGUACACUGAGUACGUCUCGGACCCUGUCUUCGAGGCCUUCAAGGUGCCAGUGAAGCGAUCCAAGGAUACCGUCACCAUCUACGCCUACGGCGAGCAAAACCAGUGGCUUCUACCCCACCUCUCCCAGCGAGGCACUCUGAGUUUCGUGUUCCUAUGUGGCAGGGCUGUUGGCGGUUGCGUGACCUGUGCUUGUUUCUUCAACUGUGCUGGUUUCUUCAACCCCAAGUCCAAACCCCUGGCGCUGCUUGUACCCAUUUUGUUUCACUUCGUGCAGAUGUUGUGUAUCUUCAUUCUCGCGCAAUUGCUGAGUUUUCCCGCCAAUCCGAGCUCUGUGGAUCAGCUCGCCUGGGGAGCCUUCCUGAGAAUUAUUGAAGCCAUGGCGCGUCGUUCUCCCCUGUCCCUUAUCCUGGCCCUGGCGCUGGCUGCCGUGGCUGUGCGCUUCGUGGCCCCUGCCUUCGCACCUGGCCUUCAGCGGCGUGAUGUGCUGGCCGGCCUCUCCGCAGCCACGGUGGCGACGGUCGGUGCACAGUCAGCUUGGGCGGACGCCCAGGGAGAGCCAGUCACGUGCCUCGCACGCUAUGGCCCGCAGGUCCUGAAGCUGCAGGAAGCCGUGGACAAGGGCGACAUGGAGAUGGUCCUGAAAAAGGAGCCCAAGUUCAAGGCGCUCAACAGCUACUGGCGCAACCAGCCUGGAUACUUCGAGCAGAAGGUCGGGCUCUCUGAGAAGAUCAUGGAGGCUGCUGAUGCCGGCAAGAAGGACGAAGUGAAGAAGCUGUACACUGAGUACGUCUCGGACCCUGUCUUCGAGGCCUUCAAGGUGCCAGUGAAGCGAUCCAAGGAUACCGUCACCAUCUACGCCUACGGCGUGCCACCUCGCAACCACGGCGACAAGAUGGGCGGAGAUGGUUGCGCAGAAGGAGCUAGACGUGCCAGGCGUCUGGACCAGAGGUGCUUUGGUGGGGUCCUAGAGUGCUGGGGCCAGGAUGAUCACAAGCGUUUUGCCCCGUUUUCCGCUGGUUGGGCGCAGGACCGCGUCAUUACCUCGGUCGUCGUGUCAUUUGAAGAGUGGGUGCAGUGCGGGAAUGUAGUCAUUGUGCAAUCUCAUUGCAGCAGUGACCGUGAUGUGCUGAAUGCUGUCGUUCAGCAGUUCAGCCAUCAGAGUGGCUACUUGCUCGUGUACGGUAGCCGGGGAUAUCUGAUCUUUCCCGCCAAUCCGAGCUCUGUGGAUCAGCUCGCCUGGGGAGCCUUCCUGAGAAUUAUUGAAGCCAUGGCGCGUCGUUCUCCCCUGUCCCUUAUCCUGGCCCUGGCGCUGGCUGCCGUGGCUGUGCGCUUCGUGGCCCCUGCCUUCGCACCUGGCCUUCAGCGGCGUGAUGUGCUGGCCGGCCUCUCCGCAGCCACGGUGGCGACGGUCGGUGCACAGUCAGCUUGGGCGGACGCCCAGGGAGAGCCAGUCACGUGCCUCGCACGCUAUGGCCCGCAGGUCCUGAAGCUGCAGGAAGCCGUGGACAAGGGCGACAUGGAGAUGGUCCUGAAAAAGGAGCCCAAGUUCAAGGCGCUCAACAGCUACUGGCGCAACCAGCCUGGAUACUUCGAGCAGAAGGUCGGGCUCUCUGAGAAGAUCAUGGAGGCUGCUGAUGCCGGCAAGAAGGACGAGGUGAAGAAGCUGUACACUGAGUACGUCUCGGACCCUGUCUUCGAGGCCUUCAAGGUGCCAGUGAAGCGAUCCAAGGAUACCGUCACCAUCUACGCCUACGGCGAGCAAAAGCCGACCUCCUUUUCCAUCUUUUUCCAGCCGUUUGCUCAUGCUCGGGAGCGAUCCCGACUGGAUACCACCCCCCAGGCUUGGUCGCUCUUCCUACAAAACGUGUUCGGCUUGGUGCAGUCCAUGCCACCGGCUUUAGUGUCAUUGCAGGUGUGUUUCUGCCGCACGUGCCUGGGCACCACACUGGCCAGGUCUGGGAGCCGCGGCAGUGUUGGCUCAUCGCCAGCUUCGUCGCCCGUGGAGGAUUCAGGCUUGAGCAAAGGUUCAAUAUCUCAGCUACAGGAGUUCGUCCAGGGUGCGAAACUUUUUCCAAUGCCGCCGAACUGCCCUGUGCUGCAGUGGGAGUACGACACUCGCAUGGUCGGGACAACACUGGAAUUCCGAGCAGUGUGUUCGUUUCUGCUAGAUGGCGUGGCGCACCACACCGUAGGGAUCUGGCGGCCGUCGAAGAAGCUCGCGCAGCGUGAUGCUGCGGAGAGGACACUCGGCCUCUUCGUGAGUCGAUGGGCCUCGUUGAUUACGCUGGAUGAGCUUGCAGGAACUCGAGAUCACGAGCCCCUGCCAGAAGCUCGAAGUGAGGCUGAGCUUCUGGAAAAGUUCUGCCAGAGGCUGUCCUGGGACGGUCCUUCCACAGUGGGCUGGAGUCACCGGUGGGAGGAUGGACUCUGUCAGGCUUUCGCCGAAGUACGUCUUUUGGACGUGCCGCACACGUUUCCCAGCAAAAGGCACCCCACACAGGAGGAGGCUUACGAAGAUGCUGCCCGCCGAGUCCUGUGGUACUUGCAGUGCCCGGGCUAUGAGGAGACGUUCGAGCCGGACACCAGCUAUGUCAAGGCAGUUGCUCAGGACAUUCCGGAACCUAGUGCAUGCUGGAACAAGGAUGACAAUCUGCCGGAAGGUGAGGAGAAGUCCCUCACAGAGAAGAACGCCUUCAUCCUGAGGGUUCAGAAUCGCCUGCAGCAGGUGCUUCUGGCUAAGUUUUGGAGAGCAGCUUCUUUGGCAUUGCUUCGGCCCAGCAAGAGCCUGGAAAGCCAGCACGGGGCCAAGUUCGGAGGCUUGAAAGUCAGUUUCAGUUCCACGCGCCACAGGACGGUGCCGAUGAUUAACCGCUGCUUCCUGGGCCCCUGGGAACGAGGGUGCGCAGAGCACUUGUCAAUUGAGCACAAGGCUGAUUUUCGGUUGUCCGCUGCUGAGCAGGGGUCCAGGAUGUUGCCAGACCACUACCUCACUACAGUUUACAUCCGCUGCUGGGAUGAGGUCUCCACAAGUGAGCAGCAGGUCAUGCAUUUUGGUUGUGCAGCAGCUAUCCGGCUCAUCGCAGGCGAGGCAAACAUUGGCCAAGAGCAGGUUUCCGGCACUGCGAAAGGGCUGUGCAUGGAAAAAAGUGCGCGUUUUGCACACUUCCAUAGAGGUGCGGCUGGCAGUGUCGAGCACGGACACCAAUGUGACGUCCACAGCUGGAGCGGCAACGACCACAAGAUCAUCCUCAGGGGUCUAGGGGUGGAACCUUACUCGCGGUCCACGCCGGCAGAUGCCCGCACUGGCACCCAUGGCACCCGCAUUAUAGGCUCUGUCCGUGACAUCACUCAUGUGCUCCCGGCCUUGGACCGACAGGACACUUAUGAAGGUACUGCCCGUCGCACCGCCUACCGAUGUGAUCUCCUGGAGGCAACGCUGCAAUCCUUACCACAACCGCGGAGCCGCGGAUACACGGCGGAAGUCCUCCGCCUUGCCCUCAACGAGGUCGUAAAAAGUGUGCUAUUUGGGGCCUUGAUGGCGGCAGCCGUGGGGUUGCGCCGUGCCGACCCCUGCCUGGGCACGGGAGCUGCUGACUUGCGCGGCCGAGGGAGGGAGGCGGAACUCACAGCGCUGGCUGCAGCGGCCGGGCGAACGCCCACGGCAUUGCUCUGCCGCCUGCUACACGAGGCCGCAGCGCCGCACGCGCCCAAUCUCCCCACCCUGCCGCCCCCGUCACAAUCCUCGCGCAUGCGACCUCGCAAGCAGGCCGCCAAAAAUUGCGACGCCGGGGUUCACGCCGACGGAGGUGUCAGCGCCCCCUUGGCAAAAGGCGGAGGACAACGUGGCCGGGGCGCAGCGGCUCGCGAGGCUCAAGACGAGGAGGACGAGGAGCGGACAGGCCUUCUGCGAAACGCCUUUCGUGUAGGUCUCGAGGCCAUUCGUGAUGCCGCGACGCCCGCAGUGUCCACAGGGUGUAUGUGUAACGCUGCAGUCAGUUUGUGUUUCAUCCGAUUCAUAGUGCUGUGCCAAUCUUCGUUUGCCACUCGCACCCAGCCAAUCACAGAGCGAAGCAUUCGUCGCUUUUUCGCGCGCCGGGCGAAGGACGCGCCGGUUGAGCUUUGUCCCGACCGCUUGAUCGCCAACGUCCGACGGGCUCGAAAGGGAGCGGCCCCCGGACCAUCAGGGUGCACUGGGGGACACUUGCGAGUGCUCCUAGAUGAUGAGGAAUGCGCCCAGCUCCUGGUAGCCGCGGCAGGCAAACUGGCCUCGGCCCAGGUGCCGGACACGAUCAUCCCGGCAAUACGGCUAGGCCGCAUGGUGGUGGCGCUUGCAGACCGUCCCGAGCUGGCAGGCCUUCUUCCGUACGUGGCACUUUUGAACGGCCACUUGCCGCCAGCAGGCUGUGAGGGCAUCCCUGCGUGCGCCGACGCCGGGACACCUGACUGCGGGCGGAUAAAGGAUGCUGACACCAUGCGGCCCUCCCAGGAACAGACACGGCUGCUAAAGACAAAUGAAACUGCGAUCUCUUUCAAAUGUGAAAACCCCAAGAAGCCUGGUUCGAAAGCAUGGGAGCGUUAUGAGAAGUACAAAGCUGCCGAAACUGUGGGCAGCGCUGUAGCUCUGGGUGCCCAGUGGCAGGAUUUGAGUGCUGACUUCGACAAGGAGUUUUUGCGUUUCAAAGAUGCCGAAAUGCCGGCAGCUGCCAAGCGAGCGGUCACAGUUGGACCGUUGGCAAUGAUGAUGCAACCACAAGUCCCGAUCCACACGGCAAGUUCCCAGGUGGAGAUGAGUGCCGCAACCAUGCAAACACUUCGAACCAUGAUGCGAGAGGAGCUGCAUGAGUUGGAAAGGUCAAUGCGAUUUGACGCUUCCCUUUCCAAAAUGCAUUCGGAAUUGAUUGCUGAGCGGACGGCCCGUGUUCAGCUUGAAGAAAAAGUGGCUCGGUUGGAGAACGCCCGACAGACAUCUCCGGACAUGAACGAGUCGGACAAUUCAAUCGCAGUCAUUGGUGGUUUCGGUGAGAAGGAAGCAGGUGAAGCCGAAACACUCAUUAAGGACGCGCUCGCAGAUAUUGAUGGUUUGUCCGAUGUUUACACGAAGCCCGUAUCCAGUCGUGAACGUCGACGCAGCAAGGUUGCAAGCAAAAUCAAGAAAUUUGCCAUCGAGUUGGAUGGCAUUGCCCCGAGAGCGGUAAUGGUGAACUACAAAACCUACAAGGUCUCGAUCAGAGUUGGGCAGAAAUUGGUCCAUGCAGCCCAUGUUGAGGAAGACGGCAUCGUGCAGUGGGCUUCCGGGGAUUGCCCUGUCAGUUCGCAAGUGCAGAUGGCCGUCGACGAUUUCGUCGCCGACUUCGAGUAG